CGCAACUACGACUUCCCCACCAUGGCUAGCAUCUUCAAUAAGCUCGAGAAACUGGCGGACAAGCUUCCAGAGGGCCUCGACCAUGCUCGGGCAAUGGCCAUUGGCAUUCUGAACCCGGAUCGCCGUCACGAUGAUCCCGAGGAGAAGAGGGCGGACAUGGUCCGCGCCGAGAUCAUGUCCGGCCACCGCUUCCAUUCGUUCGCCAACCAGCGCUCUCAGAACUUCGUCAAAUGGCAUAUCGACGGCCAUGACUACAUGUGGGCCGUCUCGGAGCUGCUCGAUAGAGCGAAGGAGGCUAUCUUCAUCUUGGACUGGUGGCUCACUCCUGAGCUGUACCUGCGUCGUCCGCCUGCGAAGUACCCGGAAUGGCGACUCGAUCGAGUGCUCAAACGCAAAGCUGAACAAGGGGUCAAAGUCUACGUGAUCGUCUACAAGGAAGUCACGCAGACGAUGUCGAUGAGCUCUGCUCACACCAAACAUGCCCUCGAAGCGCUUCACCCCAACAUCGCUUGCAUGCGCCACCCCGACCACAUCGGUAGCAAAGAUGAUGUCGAGUUCUGGUCACACCAUGAGAAGGUUGUGGUUGUUGACAAUCACUACGCGUGCAUCGGUGGCCUCGAUCUCUGUUUCGGUAGAUGGGACACGCACACUCAUCCUCUCGCGGAUGUGCACCCAACCGAUCCGUUUGCCGUGCUCUUCCCGGGCCAGGACUACAACAACGCUCGUAUUAUGGACUUCCAGGAUGUCCCCAACUAUGUCAGUAACGGCUUGAGUUCCCUUGAAGCCGCGCGCAUGCCGUGGCACGAUGUGCACAUGACUCUCACCGGGGAAGUCGUGUUGGACAUUGUUCAGCACUUCGUCGAGCGCUGGAACGAGGUCAAGAAGCGCAAGUACCGUAACGAAGCGCGAUAUGAUUGGCUCGCGCUUCCGCACGACAUUGAGGCGUCCCCUAAUGAGGCUGUCGUCCGCCAUCCUCACCGCGAGCGCUGGCAUCAAAUUGGCAGACACUUCAAGGACCGCUUCCACCUCCACUGGCCCCACGGCGGUGAGACUGCCGAUUAUGAUGGCGAGUAUCCCAUCACGCGCGGCAGCUGUCGUGUGCAGGCCGUCCGAAGUGUCUCGGACUGGAGCCACGGUGUUCUGACGGAGUGCAGCAUCCAGAACGCUUAUAUUGACUUGAUUCGAACGUCCGAGCACUUCAUCUAUAUCGAGAAUCAGUUCUUCAUCUCCAACACGCAAGAGGAUGGGCCUGUAAAGAACCAGAUUGCAAAGGCGCUAGUGGAACGCAUCGUUCGGGCUGGUCAGGAGGGCAAGAAGUUCCGGGUGGUCGUCGUGAUUCCCGAAGUCCCAGGAUUCGCUGGACAAAUCAAGGAUGAGUCCUCCGUCAAAAUCAUCAUGGCGGCGCAAUAUCGCACAAUGAACCGUGGGGGACACAGUAUCUACGAGGAGGUCCGCAAGGCGGGAUACGAGCCUUCGGACUACAUCCGUUUCUACCAUCUCCGUGCCUACGACCGCAUCAACGCCCCUUGGGACUCGUACGUUCACCGCAUCGAGGAGCGCAGCGGUAUUCCCUUCCACCAAGUGAAUGUCGCCCUCGGUCGCCUCUGGGUCGGCCUCGGCGAGAGCCCCUCGGAUCCCCAGGAUGUGUCCGUCUCGAUCCCGACAGGGAAGAUGCUGGAGGAGCAGUCGACAUCCGGCAAGAAGCCCGAGAUUAAAGUGGAGAAGUACCAGCUCCCGAGCAGCGUUGAGGAAGCUCGCGAGAUCAUCGACCGCUGGCGCCGUGCUGCGGAAGAGCUCCGGACCGACGAGGAUGUAUCCGACAACGUCGUGCAGCACAUGUUGCAUGACCGCACAAGCCUCCUCGACGAGCGCUGGGCCGGCACUGAGGAGGAAGAGCGAAAUGCUUACGUUUCCGAGCUUCUGUACAUCCACUCGAAGGUCAUGAUCGUGGAUGACCGGCGCGUCAUCAUGGGAUCGGCCAACCUGAAUGAUCGUAGUCAGAAGGGAGAUGGUGACUCAGAGAUCGCUCUCGUUAUUGAGGACGAGGAUUUGAUUGAAUCGAGCAUGGACGGCGAACCGUACACGGCUGCUCGAUUUGCUGCAACCCUCCGUCGCAAGCUCUACAGAGAGCACCUCGGACUCAUCCCACCACAGUUCUGCACCGCGGACGAACGUCCUGACUCCUUCAUGCGUGCCGCGCCUCAUCCCAAUGACGAUGAGACCGAGGACGACGAGGAUCGCGCUGUUGCCGAUCCCUUGGCUGAUAGCACUCACGACCUCUGGAAUGGCACUGCCCGCAAGAACCGUGAGAUCUUCACUGAGAUCUUCCGGCCCGUGCCCACGAACCUCAUCCGCUCCUGGAGCCAAUACGAUAACUACGUCCCCAAUGUGAUGACUGGCCACGUCGUGCCGGACGUCCCUCUGUCGCGUAUCAAGGAACGCUUGUCUCAGGUCCGUGGUGCGCUUGUCGAGUGUCCGAUGGACUUCUUGAUCGACGAGAAGGGCUUUGUUGAGGGACCUGACUGGACAGGACUCAACCCGACCCUUCCCAUCUAUAUCUGAUGAGGUUGCUGGUGUCGUAUCAGUCGAUGGCGGAAGAAAUGAUUGUGUUAUUUGGUUGCUGAAUGUAUAUAUAUAUAUAUAUUAGACGAAUGAAACGAUCUAUGAGACUGUUGUAC